CAGAUGGGAAAAGAGAAAAAAGGAAGCGCAGAGAGGGCUGGUCGGAGACGAUAGCAAGAGCGCGCGCUCAAAUUAACAAUUUCGGGCCAUGAGGCCCAGGACAAAAGCUGCAUACGGUCACACGGACGGACGUGGGCCGUCAGAUGGAAAGCGAACAGUAACUGAAACACUCGCAAGCCAUCGUCGUCCAUUUGAUAGUCACCAACCCAUCCGAAAAAACAUUCCACCUCGCCGCCGCCGGAGAAGAUGGGCGAGCGGCGGUACACCGAGCAGGAGGAGGCCCUGGAGAUCAAGUCUCUCCGCCGCAUCAUCGCCGCCUACGCCAACUAUCAAGAUGCAGGAGAAAGGGAUGUCAAGAGAUUUGAACGAUCAUUCAAAAUGCUUCCCCCUGCCCACAAGGGACUUCUUUUCCACCUUGGUCUGAAGUACCAAAAACUGAGAUGGUGUAUAUCCAUGAAUGCAGCUUUUAUCAUGAACAUGCUUGAGGCAUUUGAACCUCCUUUUGACAUGAGCCAGUAUGUAGAUGUUGAUGAUCAUGAUUAUCCAGUGAACAUGCACGAACAUAGUCAUGCGGAUUGUGCUCAUUCCAGUGAGAUGGGUGAUUGCCCGAGAAUUUCUAUCUCCAGAAGCAAUUCCUCAUUACAUGAGCAGCAUGAUUGCCCCAAAGAAGAUGCCAAGAUCCAUGAAUCUUCAAGAGAAAUUGACAAUAAGAAGGAUGAGGAAGAUCACAUGGCAGGCUGCUCCCAGCCUGUUGACAACAACUUGGGAAUGUCUCAAGGUGCAUGUAAUGGUGAUAAAGAUGCGAGCACAGCAGCUUAUUGUCAUGAUAAAGAUUCUGCAUCUUCUGCAGCUUAUUGUCAUGAUAAAGAUGGCUCUGCAUCUUCUGCUGUUGAAAAUGUAACACCACAACACUCCACAGCUUCACUGUUCAAGUUGAAUGUUCCUCCAAUUGAUGUUGACAAGGUAAGAUGCAUCAUAAGAAAUAUCGUGCGAGAUUGGGCUGAGGAGGGUCGAAAGGAACGAAAUGAGUGCUAUAAGCCCAUUCUCGAGGAGCUUAAUCGUCUUUUUCCUAACCGGAGCAAGCAGAGGCCGCCUUCAUGCCUAGUCCCUGGUGCUGGGCUUGGGAGAUUGGCUCUGGAGAUCUCUUCUCUUGGUUUUGUAAGCCAGGGGAACGAGUUCUCAUAUUACAUGCUGAUUUGUUCAAGUUUCAUCUUGAACCACACCCAAGAAGCCAAUGAAUGGACUAUAUAUCCUUGGAUACACAGCAACUGCAAUUCUCUUUCAGACAAUGAUCAACUUCGGCCUGUUUCAUUUCCUGAUAUUCAUCCUUCAAGCAACAGUGCAGGUAUAACGGAGGGAUUUUCGAUGUGCGCUGGGGAUUUUGUAGAGGUCUACAGUGGGGGAAGCCAAGAAUCUGCAUGGGAUGCUGUUGUAACUUGCUUCUUCUUGGAUACGGCACACAAUAUUGUUGAAUAUAUUGAGAUCAUAUCAAAAGUUCUCAAGGAUGGUGGGAUCUGGAUAAACCUAGGUCCGCUUCUGUAUCACUUCGCUGAUUCAUAUGGGCCAGAUGAUGAUAUGUCUAUUGAACUAAGUUUGGAAGAUGUGAAAAAGGUUGCUUACCAUUAUGGAUUUGUGAUGGAGGUGGAGAAUACGAUAGAAACCACUUACACUGCAAAUAUGAGAGCAAUGAUGCAGAAUCGAUACCGUGCAGCAUUCUGGACAAUGAGGAAGAAUGCAUCUCGGUUGAAAGCUCAGAAGCGUCAGUGAGGCCAUGAUCAUCCAUGCAGCGUGACUGGUGGUAUACGAGCUAUUAGUCCGAGUUUUGAUUAGUCCACGGUGAUGUUUAUCCAGGCCAGGACUACUAGGAUGAUCGGUUCAUGCCAUCAUUUCUUUUCACAAUUGUGCUCAGACUCUACACCAAACUAUGCUGCAAUUAAUUUAGAUAGCCAAACUAGAACAGAUAAAGAUGUCUGAUUCGGGCUUGGCAUUUCUUAGGAGACGGUGACGUAUGUAUACCUGAACCUCUUGAAUGGCAGAGGAGAAAAAGAUGCGCCAGUGUAGUCGUAUCUUUGUUGGAAAAGUUUCAAACCAACUUAUAGGAAAGGUUUUAAUACC